GUGUACGUGUCAGUGGCGCUGGACCGACCGGUGCGCGCCGUGUCGUAUAGCCUCAGCCGGCUCUCGGAGCUCAUCUCACCAAUCGGCCGCACCGUGCGGCUGACACGAGACCGCGACGCCGACGGACGUGCCAUGGCCCGACUCCUGAAGAUGGGGGACCUCGUCGUCGUCUGCCCCGAGGGCACCACCUGCCGCGAGCCGUACCUGCUCCGGUUCAGUCCACUUUUCGCGGAGCUCAGCGACGACGUGGUCCCCGUGGGUGUCGCCGUCGAGACGGCCAUGUUCUACCCCACCACGGCGGGGGGGCUCAAGUGCCUCGACCCGUUCUUCUACAUGGUCAACCCGAGGAUGUGCUACACGGUGCAGUUCCUGGAGCGGGUGCGCACGGCGGUGGUCAGGGAGGGGAAGGUGCCGAGCGCCGACAUGGCCAAUCUCGUGCAGAAGAAGAUUGGAGAUGCGCUCGGAUACAGCUGCACUAUGCUCACCAGGAAGGACAAGUACCUCAUGCUGGCCGGCAACGACGGCGUCGUCCGCAAUGUAGACGGCAAGUGCUCGUCUCCUCCAGCGGGGAGGACGAACAACUGAUGAUGAAUCAUAUCUGCACCUGUCUAUUUUGUCCUUACAGUUACUCGUCAUGGAUGAAAGUCGUUGCACACAGUUUUUCUUUGUACUAGGUGACUGUUCAUUUCCUAUAGCAUAUCUACUCCUUCUAAUCCAUGUUAAUUGUGGCUAAUUUAGUACUACAAAGUUGUAGUACUCUACUAAAUUAAUGGAUGGGAGGGAGUAUAAAAAGGUUAUUGCACACGCAAAUUUUUAGUGGACAACCUGCAGCUACCCGUACACUCCUGCCUAGAUAUGAAUGUUAUCAACUUAAUGGUAGGAUAUAAUUACUUGGUUAAUGAUGGCAGUGAUUUAGGCAUGAUAGUACUUA